AUGCACCGAGGGGCUGGCGCUUCAUGGGAGGGGACACCUCUGAGCCAUCGCUGCGGACAGGUGUUCGCAAGCGCAGUCGGAGACGCCCUGUCAAAGGGGCUCGCCGGGAGCGACGAGUACCUGGUGGCAGCAGACUGCAUCUUUGGAGCAUCUCUCUCGCUCAACACUCUGGGUGAAAAGGGAGCCUCUCUGGCUUCAUUCCGACUUUCUCAAAGGCUUCUGAAAGAUACAGCCUUGGCCAAGGACUCGAAGCACGCUUCGGAUUCCAACAUGCAGACCUGCCGUGACAUCUCAUCGAGCAAGUCGAGCGAUCCUUACAUGUCGUGCGAUACUUUCCGAUCUUUUGCGGAUCUCCUGCACGACGCCCUGGAUGGAGUAAACUGUCGGUUUCACCCUCAAGAUGUCUUCGAGGGUGCGGUGGUGUACGUGAACGCCCUGCUUCUUGAGGACUUCUUCGUGAACAAACAUCCCUUCAUCCGCAAUAGAUACAUCCUUGUUACACACUGCAGUGACGCAGGAGCACCGGGAGCGUUCGACGUGUACCUCGACGAUCCGCGCAUCAUCGCUUGGUUCGCACAGAACCCUGACCUCUCACAUCAUCAGAAGCUGCAUCCGCUACCGAUUGGUCUGGCAAACCGCCAGUAUCCCCAUGGAGACAUAGAGGCGGUCUCGCGCGUCCGCAGACAAUAUGCUGAUGGUCAGAAAACCGUCCUCAAGGGGAAAUCAUUCGUGACGCUGGCUUCCAACUUGCCUUACGAGGAGUAUCUGCGGGAUCUAGCAAGGCACAGAUUCGUUUUAUGCCCUGCAGGCAACGGCCUAGACACGCACAGGACAUGGGAAUCGUUGCUAAUGGGCUCUGUGCCGAUCGUGGCAAGCUCUCCGAUGGAUUCGCUUUUCCGUUUUCUCCCGGAGGCCCGUGAUCGACCCGAGGGCUUCUUCGACUUCGCCCCACUCUUUGCAGACUACUGGUCAGCCGCUUUCAGAAAUGGAGCCCCAGAACACGCGAUGGGAUUGAGCCCACAGAGCUAA